GCCGGCCCAGCUUGGGGUUAAUAGAGCAAGAUGGGUGAACACUCAGGAGGCUGUACUUACACUCAGACGUCAAUAUUAUUUUUACAUGCGAAGGUUCCUUUUGGUUCUAAGUCCAAAAUGGCAACACUCAAGGAUCAGCUGAUUGUGAAUCUUCUUAAGGAGGAACAGAGCCCCCAGAAUAAGAUUACAGUCGUUGGGGUUGGUGCUGUUGGCAUGGCUUGUGCCAUCAGUAUCUUAAUGAAGGACUUGGCAGAUGAACUUGCUCUUGUUGAUGUCAUGGAAGACAAAUUAAAGGGAGAAAUGAUGGAUCUCCAACAUGGCAGCCUUUUCCUUAGAACACCAAAAAUUGUCUCUGGCAAAGACUACAGUGUGACUGCAAACUCCAAGCUGGUUAUUAUCACAGCUGGGGCUCGUCAACAAGAGGGAGAAAGCCGCCUUAAUUUGGUCCAGCGUAACGUGAACAUCUUUAAAUUCAUCAUUCCUAAUGUUGUGAAAUACAGUCCCAACUGCAAAUUGCUUGUUGUUUCCAAUCCAGUGGAUAUCUUGACCUAUGUGGCUUGGAAGUUAAGCGGCUUUCCCAAAAACCGUGUUAUUGGAAGUGGUUGCAAUCUGGAUUCAGCCCGGUUCCGAUACCUGAUGGGGGAGAGGCUGGGAGUUCACCCAUUAAGCUGUCAUGGGUGGGUCCUUGGGGAGCAUGGAGACUCUAGUGUGCCUGUAUGGAGUGGAGUGAAUGUUGCUGGUGUCUCCCUAAAGAAUCUGCACCCUGAUUUAGGCACUGAUGCAGAUAAGGAACAGUGGAAACAAGUUCACAAGCAGGUGGUUGACAGUGCUUAUGAGGUAAUCAAACUGAAAGGCUAUACAUCCUGGGCCAUUGGCCUAUCUGUGGCAGAUUUAGCAGAAAGUAUGAUGAAGAAUCUUAGGCGGGUGCAUCCAAUUUCCACCAUGAUUAAGGGUCUCUAUGGAAUAAAAGAUGACGUCUUCCUUAGUGUUCCUUGCAUCUUGGGACAGAAUGGAAUCUCAGAUGUUGUGAAGGUGACUCUGACACCUGAGGAAGAGGCCCGUUUGAAGAAGAGUGCAGAUACACUGUGGGGGAUCCAGAAAGAGCUGCAGUUUUAAAGUCUUCUAAUGUCAGACCACCUCACUGUCUAGGCUACAGCAGGAUUUUAGUUGGAGAUUGCAUAUUGUCCUUUUUAUCUGAUCUGUGACUAAGAACAUCAGUUUCCUAAAGAUAUAGUAAUGGUUCAUAAAACCCAGCAUCUGCAUCCUGAUGCUGGAUGGUCCUUAUCUUGUGUAGUCCUAAACUGGUUAGUGUGAAAUAGUUCCACCUCCUCAAAGGCACCACUGCCAAUGUUCCUCACACUACAGUUGCCCUUCGGACUAGAUGUGUGUUCACUGUGUGUUACAUAACUUGUGGUUCCUUUUUCUCCUGGGAUCCAAUGUAAAUCCAAUAUUGCAUGUUUUGUGCAUAACUGUUCUAAAGGAUCUUAUUCUGUGUACUGUAUGUAUCAGAUUAGUGUACAUUGCCAUAUAAUGUAAAAAGAAAAGUCUACAUAUAAAUAAUACAGCCAACUAUCCAAGUGUCAUACCAACUAAAAUGCCAAAUAAACCUUGAACAGUGA